AUGCUGUUAGAACUGAUUUCAUAUGCAGGGACCGCUUUUGGGUUUCUUUUUUUAACUCUUUCAAUUGCAUCAGGUUUAUACUACAUUAGUGAACUAGUUGAAGAACACACAGAACCAACAAGACGAUUUCUAACAAGAGCAAUUUAUAGUAUAAUAUUGGUGUUAAUAUCACUUAUGUUACUUGAUGGCUUCCCAUUUAAACUAACCCUUUUUUCCAUUGCAUGUUACAUAGUAUACUAUCAAAACUUGAAAAGUUUUCCCUAUAUUUCUUUAACCAGUCCAACUUUUCUAUUAAGUUGCGUAUGUGUUGUCUUGAACCACUACUUCUGGUUCAAAUAUUUUAAUGAUACUGAAGUUCCGCCACAGUUCAAAUAUGAUCCAAAUUAUAUACCACGCAGACGUGCUAGUUUUGCUGAGGUAGCCUCAUUUUUUGGUAUAUGCGUUUGGUUCAUACCAUUCGCCUUAUUUGUUUCUUUGUCUGCUGGUGAUUAUGUGUUACCAACAACUAGUGAGCAACAUAUGACUAAGAAAAAUGACGACAUUAUGACAAACAACCAACCAAAAUUACGCAAAAGAGCGGUAGGUUUGGCUCGUGUAGUUAUCAAUUCGGUAAGAAAGUACAUCUAUUCUCUAGCUCGCGUAUUUGGUUUUGAGAUAGAACCUGAUUUUGAUAGACUAGAUGUUUAA